CUUCCGAGAUGCUUCAUCAACGGCAUCGCAGAGCUAACUCCGCAGCCAUGGCACCCGACCGGUCAGGCAAGAGUGUGUUCCUGGGGAACAUUCCCUACAAUCUCACCGAGGAACAGGUCAAAGACAUCCUCAGCACAGCAGGAACUGUGACCAAGUUUCGUUUGAUGAUGAACCCGGAGACUGGAAAGCCCAAGGGAUAUGGAUUCGCAGACUUUGCCGAUGCCGACGCGGCAGCUUCCGCCGUUCGCAACCUAAACGACUACGAGAUCAUGGGUCGCAAGAUUCGGGUCGACUGGCCUCACAACAAUGAGAAAGACUCGGUGCCAGCCGAUUACCCUCAACAGACACAGCCGAUUGAGCAAGACUCUGUACCACAAAUGCAACAGAUCCCUGGCGCUGCGCCACUCCCUCCCUUGCCCCCAGGCGUCGACGUACCUCCUCAUCUCGACUGCCCUACCGCUAUCUCGCAAACUCUCGCCUCUCUCCCUCCCAACCAGCUCCUCGAUGUUCUUACACAAAUGAAGUCUCUGGCGGUCGCAGAUCCAGUUCGGGCCACAGAGCUCCUACGCCAAGCUCCUCAGCUUGCCUACGCCAUUUUCCAAGCUCUGCUGCUCAUGAAUCUGGUUGACUACCAGCUUUUGGGAUCGCUUGUUGAGCAAACUGCUCAGCCUCAAGCUCCCCCCAGGCUGCCCCCCACUACCAGCAAUAUGGCAUGCCUGGCCAAGUCGGAACACCACCUGUGGCUGGCGGUCCCUUUGCGCCUCCACCCCCACAAGCUGCCGCCCCGCCACAGGUAACAGGCCAAGAUGAGCUGCUCCAGCAAGUCCUGAACAUGCCGCAGUCAGCGAUUGAUGCUCUGCCUCCGAUGGAGCGGAGCCAAGUCAUGCUUUUGCGCCAGCAGUUGUUGCAGGGUGGCAUGCGGUGAUUGCCUUGAUUGCCGUUGCCCUGAUCCCUGUUUAUGCGAGGGAUUGUCCCCUAACGAGCAUGGCCACGGUACCAACAUUUCCCCUUUUUUUUUACUUCCCUUUUCAUGUUUCUAAUGGGGUUUCACGAGGCGAACGGCGGCGCAAAGAAUUGGGUUUGUUUUUCUUCAUGGGCUAUCUUGCAUAUCAGCUUUCGAUCAACAUGUGCC